GGCGGGAGUUGGACCUUCAUGGGAGUGGCUGAGGGCGGACUGCUUCGGUGAACCCAUCGGCGAGCGGGCACGAUGCCGCGAAGUCAGGCUUACGUGUUUGAGGAUGGGGGGGAGGACGAGAAUCGGAAGGCGCAGAAGGGAUGUUGCGUGUACAAGUACAUCCACGUGGGACAGAGUCUCGGCGAGAGAUUCCACGACAAUCGCAUGUUGAAGUGCAUUUUCUGCGGCCACGAGUUCCAGGGCAACCAGUUCGUGGCGGCGCGCCAUUUCCGCCAGGGCAAGGGAUGUCCGGAAGUGACCGAUGAGGCACUUGUCGACAUCCACUACAACAGUGAGUACAAGAUGUCCGACAAGUUCCUACAGCGGAUCCAGCAGUUUGAGGAGCUUCACGGUCCGGCGCGUGCGAUGGAUCCGCGACGGGAGGAGGGGGGGGAGGGAGAGAUGAGGGACGCGGAGGAGCCGAUCGACGUGCACAACGACGUCGAGGAGGUUGCGCGGGUGGGGUCGUCAGGGAGCGAGCGAGGGAAGGGCGUUGUCAGCGAGCCGGGGGGGCAGCAGGGCCAGUACUUUGUGUCGACGCACGUGUCGGUUCGUACACGGGCAGGUGCGGAUACAGCUGAGGCGGGUCCGUCUGCUGGGAAGAGGAAGGAGAGAGAGGAGGGGGCGCAACCGACAGCAGCAGCCACAACACAGAAGAGGCUGAGGCAGAACACGAUCACGGAGUCAUUCUCUUCAAAGUGGCAGAUGGAGUUCAAGAAGAGGUGGCUGCAGUUUGUGUACACUCAGCGCCUGGCGUUCAACGUCUUCCGGAGCGAGCCGUGGUUGGACGUCGUCCGGCACUUCAGGGAUUUGCCGGGGCGAGUGAAGGUGUUGUGGCCUUCAGAGAACGAGAUUGCGGACAUACAGACCAUUCUCCACACGGCGGACGAUAUGGGAGCUGAUCUCACGGAGGUCAGGGCUCCUUUCUAUGUCACGGGGGCCACCAUUAUGUCAGACGGAAGGAAGUCACGCGAUGCUAGACCCAUCGUUAACUUCCUUGUCGGCGGGUCGCGUGGGGUGAUGCUCGUCAGGACGAUGGACAGGGAGGGUGAGCGGGAUCGGGCGCCUGAUGUGUUGGCGCGUUGGAUCAAGGUGUUCGAUGGCUUUCCCCCUAAGUGGGUGAACGCCUCCGCCUCGGCGUACGUCGUCGUGGCGAACAUGUUCCAGGGGCCCCAGGAGAGGCCAGAGCAUCGACGGAUCACGUGGCUCUCAUGCACAGUGCAUGUCUUCAACAAGAUGUUGUCAGACAUUGGCUGUUCGGGCCCGUGGUCCAAGGACAUCAUCGUGAGGGGGAGAGCGGUGGUGCGCUUCAUUAAGGAGCACGGCACCGCUCUCCAUAUUUUCCGGGGGGAGAGCAGGCAGAUGGGCCUCAUUUAUCCUUGCGAGACAUGUUUCGCAUCCGUGUUCGCGAUGGUGGAGCAUUUGCUGGCAGUGAGGUCAGCUUUGGAGAGGACGGUGGAUGGCGAUACUUGGGGUAUGAUCCCUUGGGACCAUUCCGUUCGUCAUUUGGCUAGGUGGGUCAGGUGGCAGGUGCGACAUGGCAGUUGGUGGGAUUCCAUGGGCAUCUCGUUCUGUAUCAUGGAGCCUGUGUACGACCUGCUGCGCAGGUUGGACCGCGGAGGGCUACACAUGUCGCGGGUGGUUGAGUGGACACAGGAUCUGGCCCGCCGUGUAGCAGAGGAGGUUUGUGCACUUCCGGCAGAUCUUGCACACUACAUUGUGCAGAGGGUGCAGGCUCGAUGCGCUCACAUGUUGGAGCCGGCGCAGGCCACUGCUCACCUUCUCUGUCCCAGCCGGCGGGACUCUCGGUACUUCGAGGGCGUGGUCAGCGACUACGACGCGAGCUUGGUAAGGGACACCCCCUCGAGAGACAUCUGAGGAGAGGCUGGAUAGGCUUGAUAGUCAUCGAGCUGCCCUCAUGGCACAGAGGGACCCCUGGACGCAAGAGCUCGCCCGUCUU